AUGGAGACAGCAAGAGAUCCGGAAAAGAAGUGGCCAGCGGCCGAAACUUCCCGGCCAGGCAUGGAUGACGAAGGCGUCGAGACUUCCCCUGGCACUUUGAUGUUAAGCAAUGGUCUGUAUUGCAGCCCCAUGAUUGAAUGCCCACCAAUUCGAAAUGAAGCUGACUUUGGUGUUCGUGAAGCGCAAGAAGAUGGACAGAGAACCGUGGCGCUCUAUCCUAUCCCAAGCUCCGAUCCCAAUGAUCCUUUGAAUUGGUCGAAAUUGCGGAAGGGUGUAAAUUUUGGACUCGGGUGCUGCUUUGUCUUCUUCACUUUUGCCCUCAUCAACGUCAUAUACAUCCCCUAUGUACAGCUCGUCGCGGAUCUCGACUUCACAUUCAACACAUUUACCACAUCCGUUGCAUUGGCCUUCACCGGCCUGGCCACAAGCUCAGUGUUGUUCCUCCCGUUGCUCCACAAAUUCGGCCGACGUUGGCUCUAUCUGUUGGGCUCGGCACUGCAACUCGCGGCGGCAAUCUGGCUCUCCCAGAUGACUUCCAAGGGGGACUUGAUGGGAGCCUACUUCUUUUCCGGCAUGGGAGGCGGUCUCAGUGAGACGCUCUUGCAAGUCACCAUCGUAGACCUCUUCUUUGUCCAUCAACGUGGCACGAUGAGUGGUUUAUUUUUGCUCGCCAACACAGCAGGUUCGGGCUUGGGCCCUUUGGCAGGGGGAUAUAUUGUCACUGGCCAGGGCUGGAGGUGGAUGUGGAGAUGGUGCGGUAUCUUUCUGGCCGUCAACUUGCUCUUGGUGGUCUUCUUCUUUGAAGAAACCAAAUAUAUCCCUUUGCUCAACAGCCAGCCGAUCCGGGACGAGGUUCAGGCCGUCCCGUCGCAGCAGCAACAGGAAUGUCUCAACAGAGAAGAGGGACACCAGGCGACGACUGCCGUCCAGAACAACAACUUGAGUCGCCCAGCUAUCGACCCGAGCGUAAAACGGAAAUCGACUCGCCAACGUCUCGCGCUUUUCACCAAUACCAAAGCUCCCGUCCUACAGCAUUUGUACCAACCCUUCCACGUCUUGUUUACCUUUCCGGCAAUCACCUACACGGCUGUCACGUACGGGGCCUUGACCACAUGGUUUACCGUCCUUGUCUCCGUUGUGGAAUCAUCUAUUGUCUAUCCACCAUACAAUUUCAGUCCGUCCGGAGUGGGAUUGCUCAUCUUAUCCGUGGUCAUUGGUUGUGCUCUCGGAAGCCUACUCGGGGGACCGAUGAACGACAAAUCGGCCAUUUGGAUUUCGGCAAGAAACGGGGGAGUCUACGAGCCAGAAUAUCGUCUAUACAUGGCCCUUGUGGCAAGCGUUCCAGCGAUUGCUGGGAUCUUAAUGACUGGCCUGGGUUUAGCACACCAAAAACCUUGGCCUCUUCUUGCUGUUGGAUUUGGCAUCUUCGGCUUCAGCUGGACCGUGAUAGGGGAGUGCGCUCUUGCGUAUGUUAGCGAUUGCUACCAGGAUAUCAUCGGGGAUGCUCUCGUCGCCGUCGUUUUUGUUCGCAACGCUCUCGCGAUCGCUGUGUUAUUUGGCCUGAGUCAUUGGCUUGCCGCGGUCGGCCUACAGAAUCUGAUUAUUUCUAUCGCCGUGAUUGCCCUGUUCUUUUUCCUAUUGCCGGUUCCUCUCCUGCUGUGGGGCAAGAAAGCCAGAGUCAUGACGGCCAAGAAAUAUCGAGAUAUGGCGAGUCGUUUACCAGGUCACCGGUAG